GGAUUUCUGGGAACUGUAGCCAGCUGUAGCACACCAGUAGAGCCUUCCAGGCAUCACAAGUACAUGCAGCUUCAGAGAAUCACCUUCCACAGCUUUAUCCUUUUAGUUCCGUCUGGACUGUGCAUUAAGACAGCAGCAAACAAAAAUCCCUGCUGAAUUGAAGUGACUGGAAACAGAGACAACAAGUUUGCAAAUGCUUCCAAGACUAUGUCAAGUUUGAGGUAGGUAGUGAAGACUGAUGCUAUUUCUGCCCUGGACAGCUGCUUGCCUUCUGCCUUACAGUACUCAGCUGUGACUAAUAACUCUUUCAUGUGAUUUAAAUUAAUUUAUUGAGAGAAACCUUCAUAAAGGGCUAAAUAAAAAAGGUCUACAUAUACAAAACUUUCUUACUUCUGCUGCAUUUGAGACACAGCUGAACUUAUCUGUCUGCUUUUCACAGAUAGCCAUUUCAUGACUUCAGGAAAUUUCAAGACUAGUUAGCACAACUUCUUUAUUGGACGAGGAAGAUGCAUGUUUAAAAAUGCAGUAAAAAUCUGGAAAUGGUAACUUUAAAGAUGCUGUACUCCUUUGUGAGGAUUGCUGGGCUGCUGCCUGGUAGCUUGUAAGUCACUUUUAAGUGCUGAGAAACAUCCCAGAAAGCUGCUGAGAAAACCAAGAACUGACAAAGCACCCUGACACUUCUUCCUGACAAAAAUCUUCUGGGAUUUCACAUGGCCAAGCUGAAAGGAGAAGGUGACAGGCUGCCAUGACAGUAUUGGAACAUACGCUGUUCCCAUCGCUCUUCAGUAUGAGGAAAUCUGAAGACUUUUAUAGCAAAACCUCCAGUGUCAAAAUGAACACAGAUAGCGGUGGGUGUGCUCGCAAACGUGCUGCAAUGUCUGUCACAUUAACAGCUGUGAAGAGGGUUCAGAGUUCUCCAAACCUAUUGGCCUCAGGGUCUGAUUCUCAGUCUCCAGACUCAGCUUGGCGAUCUUACAAUAAUGGCAGUAGAGAGACGCUGAAUGGAGACGCUAGCAGUUCAUCUCUUUCAGCAAAAGGUUUUAGGAGCGUGCGGCCAAAUCUACAGGAUAAAAAAUCACCAACUCAGGCACCUCUGCCACCUCCUAGAAAAGAAAGCUUUCGGAAAGGAAGAGUAACUAAUCACGAGAACGAAAUUAAUCUCCAGGCAGUAACUGCUGGUCCAGCUAAACACCUCCCCACAGAUACUGCCUAUUACUCUUGUGAGACGUCUGUUCAGGAGACAAUGUCUUCUGAGAUAUCUAACACAAGUGUGUCCUAUGCACAAAAAAUCAUUAAACCACUGACCUCAGUCUCCAGUGCAGACAAAAGCACAGUAGCUGGCAUUAGUGCUACUCUCCAUCAAGGCCAAAGGCAACAGUCUCAAAAACGUAAGAUAUCUACCCUGAAAUUAACCCGGACACGUGACCCGGCAAGUAGCAUUCCUUGUAAUUCACAGCAACAGCUCAAGCCUAUUGAAGAGCCAGUAUUUUCACAAAGGCCUGUCUCACCUGCCUGUAACCCCAUGCCUGAGAUACACACAGCAUCUCUUUCCGUUCAAAUAGUUCCCACCCCUGACAAUAAAGCAGAGCCUGAAAUCCAAGAUCAUCCACCUAGUAUUUCUCCAGACACUUCAAAGAUGUCUUCAAAGGAUUUGGGACAAAAGUCUACAGUUCUUCCUUCUUCACAGGCUGCAGAAUGCCAUGUGCUUGGAAACCAGAAAGUAACUGCCCCUGUGAUGGAGGUAAAUGCUUCACAGACACACAGACAAACAGCAACAGAAGCUUCUCCACUGCCUCUUCCUUCUCCUGUGGUACCAGUUAACAGAGCCUCUUUCUCACCAGACAGUGGCACCCACCUAGUACCAUAUUCUUUGCCAACGCUUGAUGAUUUUUUGCCUUCACACUUUUAUAAACCCCCAUCCCUCUCACAGUUUCCAUACAAAUGCCCAUUCCUAGCUCCUGACAGUGCUAUCCACAGGAACGAAGCAGCCUCUGUGAGCACAGACUCUGCCAUGAGCGAGUGCUCCUCCCGCACAGUGAGUGAGUCCUCCACAGCCAUUCUAGAUGAGCUGCAGACUUGUAGCUAUGAUACUACUGACUGCUCUGAAACACCUUCCCCAACCUUGAGCCAGAUGUCUGCUGUGUCAGAUGGCACCACCUUAACCAACACUGCUGCCACUUCUCAUGCUCAGAUCACAGUGAAUGGGAAUUCUGGCACUGCUGCCAGCCCAGUGAGUCACUUUCAAAGGCCUUUUUCCCCUUCUUCAGCUUACCCUCCACCAGCUUCACUCAAUUCCAACAUUGUUAUCAUGCAGCAUGGCAGGAUGAUGGAGUCCACAGAGACAUACUCACAGCAUGUUCAGAAUGUUGGCAGCACCACCACCACCAGUACAAUACCAAUCUGUAGAUCCUCAGAAGAAGAAAAAAAAAUUACAGUAAUUAAAGCUCCACAUUAUGCAGGGAUUGGCCCGGUAGAUGAAUCUGGAAUCCCUACAGCAAUUAGAACGACAGUUGACAGGCCAAAGGAUUGGUACAAGACAAUGUUCAAGCAAAUCCAUAUGGUUCAUAAGCCUGAUGACGACACAGACUUGUAUAAUACUGCAUAUGCAUACAAUACUGGUAGCUACAGUCCAUCCUUCUCUGCUCAGGCACACCCAGCUGCAAAGACACAGACGUACAGACCACUGUCCAAAAGCGCUUCUGACAGUAGCUCCGAUGCCUUUAAGGUCUCGUCCCCUUUGCCACCCCACGUGCCACCACCGGUACCACCACAUCGUAUGCGCCAACGGUCUACACCAGAAAAGAAUGACUGGGAUCCUCCUGACAGAAAGGUAGAUACUCGCAAGUUCCGUUCUGAACCAAGAAGUAUUUUUGAAUAUGAGCCGGGAAAGUCAUCGAUCCUUGAACAUGAAAGACCGACUGAUCGCAUAAACCCAGAUGACAUAGAUUUAGAAAACGAACCCUGGUAUAAGUUCUUUUCAGAGCUGGAGUUUGGACGUCCGCCACCUAAAAAGCUUUUGGACUAUGUUCAAGACAGUUCAACUGGUGUUUCCUAUGAGGCUUCCUUGUAUCAUCACUAUUCAACAGACAGAGGCCUGGACAGGCCCUCCAGUUCUGCAAGCACUGCGAGUGACUACAGAAAGCGAAGGAAGUCAGAACCUGCUGUAAGUCAUCAGAGAGCACACAGUGAUCAGAACGCCAACAGACCUAACCUGGGCCCUACAGACACACAGGGCCCAUCUACCACCCUUAGGAAGCCUUUAACUAGCUCAUCUCCUUCUUCUCCAUCAAGAGCAAAAGGUGGGGAUAUUAGCAAAGUAUAUCCAUCCCUUUUAAGUUACUCGGUGCACAACCACAACACCUCAAGUGAAUUAGAUUACUGUAGCACUUACAGACAACAUUUAGCUGUUCCAAAUGAUUCAAGAAGGGCAACCAGCUACAAGAAUGGCUGGCAAAUGACUCGCCAAAAUGCAGAAGUCUGGAGUAGCACAGAGGAAACCGCUUCUCCAAAGAGGAAAUCUCGUAGCUGUGACGACCUCUUAACAGAUGAUCACGAUAGCUAUCCCGAUGCACAGGCCAAGGCUGAAAGCAUGGGCUCUCUGUUAUGUGAGGAGGACUCCAAAGAAAUUUGCUCAAUGAACUGGAACUCCCCUUAUGUUGAGGGCCGUGGUAGUGGUAGGUCAAGAGUUCGUCACAGAUCUGCACACGAUGCUCCAGGUUUCCUGAAGAUGUACAAAAAGAUGCACCGCAUCAAUCGCAAGGACUUGAUGAAUUCUGAGGUGAUUUGUUCUGUCAAGUCCAGAAUACUGCAGUAUGAAAAAGAACAGCACAAAGGUAUUCUUCAAGGCUGGAGAGAGUCUUCUACUGAGGAGGUGCCCAGAGACAUGGUGCCAACCAGAAUAUCUGAAUUUGAAAAGUUAAUUCAGAAGUCAAAAUCAAUGCCGAACCUUGGUGAUGACAUGUUGUCAACUGUUACAUUAGAGCCUCCUAAAAAUGGCUUGUGUCCAAAGAGGCGAUUUUCUAUCGAAUCCCUGCUGGAAGAAGAAACUCCAGUCAGACAUCCCUCUCAGGUACAACGGAGCUACAAGUCUAAAACCCUGGUGCCAAUUCAUAUUGAAGUGACCAGUGAUGAGCCACAACGAUCACAUAUAGAUUUUUCAGACAGCGAUCAAGAUGGAGUGGUUUCUGAUCUCAGUGACUUCAUCCAGAUAGAGGGUUCAUCCUUUUGUAGUGAAAGUGACUUCGAUCACUUUUCCUUCACUUCAUCUGAAAGCUUUUAUGGAUCAGGCCAUCACCACCACCACCAUCACCACCACCACAGGCAUCUCAUCAGCUCCUGCAAAGGGCGAUGCCCAGCAUCCUACACCCGCUUCACCACCAUGCUAAAACAUGAAAGGGCUAAGCAAGAAACCACUGAGGAUCCAAGGAGACAGGAAGCAGAAUCUGGCCUGUCUAAGAUAGCAUUCCUCGUCAGUCCAGUGCCUUUCCGCAGGAAAAAAAGUGCAGCUCCUAAAAAACAAACUGAAAAGAAAAAAUGCAAGUCAUCUGUAUUUGAAGCACUAGAUUCUGCACUUAAAGACAUCUGUGACCAAAUUAAAGCUGAAAAAAGGCGGGGAAGCUUGCCCGACAACAGUAUAUUACACAGACUUAUUACUGAGCUGCUUCCAGACAUUCCAGAAAGGAAUUCAUCUCUUAAAGCUCUGAAAAAGAGUCCCACGCACCAGCCUUUUCAUCCACUGCCUCAAGAUGGUGCUAUCCAUUGUCCACUGUACCAGAAUGAUUGUGGAAGAUUACCUCUUAGUGCCUCUUUUCCAGACAUGGAUGCAACUAACAACAAUGAUAGUGCACUGUGUUUCCAAGUAGACCAGGAGUCUCCUGGAAGCUAUUCUUCUGCUUUCACUGAUGUGGGAAGAUGUACUCCAAGGGAGAGAAGAGGAACUACAGACAAAGAGAAACUGCCAGCUAGAGCUGUAUAUGACUUUAAGGCUCAAACUUCUAAAGAGCUGUCCUUUAAGAAAGGAGAUACUGUCUAUAUCCUCAGGAAAAUUGAUCAAAACUGGUAUGAGGGUGAGCACCAUGGAAGAGUUGGAAUAUUCCCAAUUUCUUAUGUUGAGAAACUUUCUCCCCCAGAAAAAGCACAGCCUGCCAGGCCACCUCCCCCUGCACAGAUUGGAGAGAUUGGGGAAGCUGUUGCCAAAUAUAAUUUCAGCGCAGACACAAAUGUGGAGUUAUCACUUAGAAAGGGAGACAGAGUAAUUCUUCUUAAGCGAGUUGAUCAAAACUGGUAUGAAGGUAAAAUACCAGGAACCAACAAACAAGGCAUCUUCCCUGUUUCCUAUGUAGAAGUCAUCAAAAAGAAUCCAUCAAAAAAUGUUGAUGACUAUCCUGACCCUCCAAUACCACAAAGCUAUUCUAGUGACAGAAUACAUCAUUUAAGUUCAACUAAGUUGUCUUCCCAAGCACUGACCCCACCUUCCAGACAACCUCCCUCGUCUUGGUCACACACUGAUCAAAAGAUUCUCCAGGCUGACUCUAGUGACUUGUUCUCAAGGAGUGCUGGGUUUUCACCUUCAGGCAUGCACAGCUUAACUCCUCCAUCAGUUCCAGACAGCUUUCUUUGUGACUUAGAAGAACUCAAUUCUUUGGCAUUAACAGCCUCCCAAACUGUAGCAAUCUCCCCAGAUAACAGCAUUCACCACGUUAAGGAUGGUCACUUUGUGCCAAAUACAGAGGUGUUUCUCAGCUCUCCUACAGCUCUUCCUCUGUCCUUUCUUGUAUCUCCCUCUGUCUCAUCUUCAGCCAGCUCAUCUCAUGACAAAGCAUAUAAGCAUGUCAGCAAAAAUACCAAGUUAGGAAAAGAUAAAAACUUAGAAGACAUAAUUGACCCUUUAGUUAUUGAAGAAUCUAGAGAUUUGUCAGAUACUACAGGAGAAGGUGAACAUGGUGCUAUCCAUAACAUCCCUUCACCAUAUGAAGAAGGUUCCUUGUCCAGUGUGCUAGCUGCAAGUGCUGAAAAUGAAGAGGAAAUCUGUACUUCACACCUGUCACUUAAUAAAGGGGAUCAGUCAGAACCUCAAGAAUCAGAUUUCUCUGAAGAAACACAAGACACAACAGAAGAACUGACUAGACUGUAUAUAGAUGAGGAUCUCAUACAUGACUAUUUAGAAUUCCCAAUAGCAAGUGGAGAAGAUUCUGUGGAUUGUUAUGAAGGAUAUACUUCACCAGAUAUUGAUAAGGCACCUACUUCCCACUCGGUUCCUACAAUAUCCCUGCCUACUGCUUCCCUCUCACCUCCUCUCCUCUCUAAACCCUUACAUCAGCAGGAGAAAGACUCACUACAGUUAAAGGCUAAUUUAAAGAGGGAGAUAUUUGUUAUGGGUAAACCUCCUCGUAGCCCAGUGAUGACUACGAGAUCCUGCAGCUCUCCUGUCAGAGGUCACAGCUAUUCACACAGGCCACAGCGCCCUGUGCUUUCUCAUGAAAAUAUACACAGUGGGGGGGAACCGUUUCAGGCUCUAUAUAACUAUACUCCUAGGAACGAAGAUGAAUUGGAGCUCAGAGAGGGAGAUGUCAUUGAUGUGAUGGAAAAAUGUGAUGAUGGAUGGUUUGUGGGAACCUCAAGAAGAACCAAAUUCUUUGGUACUUUCCCUGGAAACUAUGUCAAGAGGCUGUGAAAUUUUUUUUUCUACUUAUUUAUGCUGCAUCUCUGCAACACAUCUGCAUAAAGCUGCUAGAAAACAUGCUACGCUGGCCUUCUGUUUUCUUGCUUGCAGUCUCAAAUAGAGGCCAUCUAGUUCAUCCUCAUCCCAUCCCACCCGCCAAACCGUUCCAGCAGUAUUACAGCAACGACCACAGUGUGAAUAACUAAGCUUUUCUGAGACAAGAGGAAUCAUUUCAACAUUUAAAUACUCCCUGCUUUAAAGGGGAGACACAAUAGGAGAAGCCUGAUGACAGGUACACAGAUGAGUUGCCAUGGGGGGUAGGGGGAAGGGGGGGAAAAUUAUUCCUGGUUUGAACAUUUGUGGUACUACCAUGAAGUCUGGUGGGAUUUUUUUCAGCAUGCAUGUAAUACAGAGGAAAGUUGCUGUUUACUAUUUUUUAAAAAAUUGAUUUUACACAUUCUUAUUAGCUUGGCAGCAUUUGUUGCUUCCACAUUGCUGUGUCACGGGUUUGCCUAUUGUACUGGUUUACAAUGUAUGACAAACUAUAAUAUAGAUUUUUUUUGCCUGCACUUGUAUGCUGUAACAAAUGCACAGUGAUUGUAAAAUCUCAAGCAAGCAAAGUGAAAAAUGGAAGAACUGCAAGUGUUCUGAAUGGGUGCAAUGGUAUUGGCUAAAUCUUUUGUCUUUUCCCUCAUGAAAAACUGUAGUGAACAUGUAGGUCUUUUCUGUUAAAAGGUAAGAAGUACAAAAGGCAGAAAGACUUGGGAAAGAGGAUUUAAGGAAAAGCAAGACAAUGCUGUAAGCAUAGGCAAUAAAAACCUGCUAUUGAUGUCUGAUAUUAAAUGGUUGUAAUCAAAAUGUUGUAAUAGUAAGCACCAUGAAGUAUAAGAGGUUAGUGUUUUUACUUAUCAGGAAAUUAAAGAAGCAGGAAGAUAAACAGUGUUAGUGCAAAGGGUUGUUGGGUUUUGGUUUUUUUCUUUCCUAACAUAGCCACCUGAAAAAUAUUCACAAGCAUCAUGUACUGAUUUAUUUCACUAUAUAUGUGUAUGUAUGUUAAUGAAACCCAAGUUACACAUUCUUUUUAGGAACUUAGACAGAAAAAAGUCACAAGUAUUAAAACUGAUAUAUUUUAGAGGUGUUGGGUUUUGGUUUUUUGUGUGAAUGAACAAGUGUUUGAAACAUACAUUUUCCAUAAGCAAAGGUAAGCAUAAAUAGCAAAUGAAAUUAAGGCACAGAAUGAUAAUGACUAUGGCUUUAUAAAAAUAAAAAUUUGGAUUUGGUUUCUUUGGCACCUUAUAGAUGGCAAAAGCUUCUGCUGCAUUUCUCAUGGGAAAAGGAUCAAAAUUAUCAAAAUGUAUGUAGUCUCUGUAGCAUUUUGUAUAUAAUUUUUCUUUUUUGUACAGAGCCAUUCGGUUGUUGAUUUUUAAAAGAUUAAGUUUCUUAUUUGCCCUCUUCACAUACAGAACAUUUCAAUGCGUUUUUCUUUUCUUGCUCUGUUUACCAUAAGCACAUCUGGAUAGUGCAAUUCUGUAAGAUAGCAUUUUAUGCAAAAUUUUAUUAAUUAAAAUAUGGUUUACCAGCCAAAUCUAAAUGUACAUAUGUCUUUAUUACUGAGAAAGGUCAUUAAGGCAAAGGUAAAGAAACAUCUUUGUGCAGCAUACCUUUAUUAUUGCAGAUUUCAUGGCAAAAGCUUUAUAUUCAAAGGCUUUCAAUUUUAAACUAGAUCUGCAUGCAGCUUUGCUGUGAGAUUAAUACUAUCUUUGAUGCCAUUUAUGAUUGAGGACUUAAAUAUCUGUUGCCUGUGAUAUUUAAAAAGUACUGUUUCUACUCUGUAUCUGAUUUUAGAAAAUGCAGGGUUUUCAUACCUGGCUUUCAGGUAACUGACUUUGAAUUCCUACAAGCAAAAGGUCUCUGUGGUUUUUUUUCCUGAAUAGACUUCUAAUAAAUUUUGCUUGGAGUACAAAA